UAACCAUAUUAAGCGGCAACUACUUCCCCGUCUUCCUCUCGGAUCUCUUAUUAUUACGCUUUCUCUCGCUCUAGUUUUGUUUCUCUUUUUCUCUCUCUAAAAAUGGUUUUGGAGCGGCCAUGAAAGCAGAGUUCGAGCUGGAGGUGGAGACGGCGAUGGGUGAUUGCAAGCGCGUUGUGGUGAUGACGGCGGCGAAUAAUGCAGGUUGCAUGUCUAAGAGAAUGAGAAUUGCCGGUUCGUCGGAGAGUUUGCGGCCGUCGGCGUCUCAGUCUGACCUCGGCGAUCGUUGUUUGUGGUUGGAGAAUGCGACGACGUCUCUGUCGCGUUUGGAGAAGAAGAAUUCUCUUGGCAUUGUUUCUGGAGGUGAGAUGAGUCAUACUUUUUCAGAGGAUGAGUUUCCGGUUUCUUGUAGCUUCAGUAACGACUGCGGGAAGGCCACCGCCGUGAAGGACGCCGUGAAAUUCGAAGAUCUAGAGCUGCAGACCAAGAGCUUCGAAACCGUAGAGUCGAUUCGUGUUAACGGCAUUCAAAGAGAGAGCACUCCAACGAGCAAUCUCCUAGGAGAUUCCGACGAAAUGGAUUCUCCGGCAACUAACUUCUUGACUGAAAAACAGAAGCCAACGGAUCGUCCGAUGAAGACGCCACCGAUCUCUGAGAUUGAAGAUUUCUUCGCCGAGGCUGAGAAGUACGAACAGAAGCGUUUCUCAGAGAAGUACAACUUCGAUAUAAUCAUGGAUGUACCAUUGGAAGGCCGAUACCAGUGGAUUCGUCUGAAGCCAUGAAAAACCAGCUAACCUCCUACGGAAUCUGGAUUUCUCCGAUUUCCUUCACAUAAUUUUCCAUAAAUAUCGAACUCUUUCCUUUUGGAAGAAAACACUCUGUUAAUUUCUUCUUUUUGUACAGCUUUCAACUCCAUAAAAGGAUCCUCCGAAACUAAAUCUUUUCAGUAUACACACACACUGCACACACACACAUCCAUAGAACCCGCCGCCGUAAGCCGCAAGCCGCAAAUUAAACCACCGCCGCCGUUCUUUUUAUCAUUUUCUUUCAGGAACUCCCAAAGCUGUGUUUUGUGUCAUUUCAUCCAUAAUUAAGCACAGAUUUCUGUAAUUCUCACCUUUAAUUUACGACAAAUGUUGGCCAUGUUCAUCACAGUGUUCCCCUUUGUUUGUUUGUUUCUUUCUUUCUUUUGUCACUUUUGGAGCUUGCGUUUUGUGUAAGAAAAGUUUGUUUUGUUUGAAUGCUUAUUUUCUUGUCAAGCACAAAAAAAGGGGAAAAAAGCGGGGGGAAAACGUGUAAUUCCCUCCUUUUGCAUAUUUCUGAAAUUUUUUGUUAUGGAUUGGAUGUGCUGUUAAGAUCUGAAUGCUGUUUGUGGAAUAUUCUUUCAGAGUAAAAACAGGAUAUGAUUCUCUUAGCUUAAGCUACCUUGAUGAAGAACAAAGAAGCAAGAAGAAGAAAAGAGCAAGCAAUUCUUUGGGGACCAUUCAGAGGGUUAAUUUGGUUCAUCAUCCCCUUCAACACAAAAUGGUGAAAGGUAAACAAAUUCUUUGUCCUUAUGCAAAAUUUUUCUCUUUCAAAAUCUAAGCUUUGGGGCCAAAAUUUUCACUCUUUUACAGUAACUGGAACUUCUUUUGUCACCUUCUUUUGUCACCUAUGAUUGUGUUACAUUUGUGGAAUUGUUUUGCAUUUAAGCUUACUUAGAUAAUGAAAUAUGUUAUUAUCAUCUUAUAUUAAUAUUCUUUUAUACUGGAUCAAAUUUUUUCCUAAAAUAACUUUUAUUGCUGACCCAAAAGUUUCUUGUGGUGUUGAUUUGGGUAAUUGUCUAUUCUUUUGAUAUCAAAUGUUUAAAUGAAAAUAUUAUUUUUGCCCUUAUAUUAAAAUUAGGGAGUCAAAACUCUCAUCCUUUUACAUCUUUUUAAGUUGUGAGAGAGGAGGAGGUAUAAGUGAGGUGUAAAGAGUGGGUAUUUUUUCUUAUGAAGUAUCAUAUUCCAUGAUAGAAAACUUAGCAAAGGAUGAAAUAGUUUG